UUAUCCCGUAGGUGACUUAGUUUGCAACUCCCGAGGUCUCUGUCUCUCCUCCCCGUGCCUGUAAUAGCCAGUAAGUGGUGGCACAGUGCGUACCAACCUCCACUGUCCAAGGAGAUCACACACAUACGCAGACUCCUCUUUCGUUCUCUGGAUUUGCUUCUCUCUCUCUAAACCUCUCUCUAUCCAAUUGAUAGCUUUCGCUUUUCUUUUUACUGGGUUCUGCUGCUUCUAUUUCCUUCUUUAUUGAAGCUUCUUCAAAAGCGCAUCAAUUAUAAAGCAAACGCCUUUCUGCUCAUUUUCCUGUUUUUUUAACGAACCCACUGACGGAGUGUACACUCAUUGCUUUGUUAAGAAAGUCAGAAGUACUGGAGAAUUUUUUCCAAUUUGAGUUGGGCACGAAUCGGCUAGUGUGUGGCAAUAUUUCUAUGGAUCAACAGGCGAUUAUGAAUGACGGGACCUACAAUUUGGCGGAGAUCUGGCAGUUUCCGGUGAAUGGGAACGGGAAAAGUCAGUUUGGGCAGAGUCUGGGUGCUCAGUUUGGGGAUUCGAACCGGGAUGUUUCGUGCAAUGAUCCGAUGAAUUUGGAACAAAGAGGAAAUCGUGGUGGCGGCAUCGCCGGUGCAAGAAAACGGCGUGAUGUGGUGGAGGUUGAUUCCGCAAAGGUCCUUUCUUCAAGCAAUGGCAAUAGCAAUGGAGUGAGCGAUUCUGAUACAAAAAAGCUUAAAACAUCUGGAAGUAGAGAUGAUAAUCGCAAUUCCAAAACUGAUGCAGAAACCAGUUCAGGCAAGCAUGUGGAGCAGAACGUUCAACCACCAGAACCACCUAAACAAGACUACAUACACGUACGAGCUAGAAGGGGUCAAGCUACCGAUAGCCACAGUCUAGCAGAAAGAGCUAGGAGAGAAAAGAUAAGUGAAAGGAUGAAAAUUCUUCAGGAUCUAGUCCCUGGUUGUAAUAAGGUUAUUGGCAAAGCUGUGGUCCUUGAUGAAAUUAUUAAUUAUAUCCAAUCACUACAACGUCAAGUUGAGUUCCUAUCCAUGAAGCUUGAAGCAGUAAAUUCAAGAGUGAACCCCGAAAUUGAAGCAUUUCCUUCUAAAGACUUUGGCCAACAAACCUAUGAUACUACAGGCGUGACAUUUGGUUCACAAGCCACAGGGGAAUACAGCCGUGGUGCAUCACUGGAUUGGUUGCAUAUGCAGGUUGGUGGUGGUUUUGAAAGAACAUCAUGAUCUAAAAAGAUAAUCAUCAAUCGGUAAUAAGCGCACCAAGUAGCAAUUGUUCUUCCUUCAGUGGCUGUCAGAAUAUAUACCCCCACUAUGUUAAAUCAAAGAUGGAACAUAUUUCAUUUUCAACAUCAGACUUGGAGCUGUUGCUGUCUAAAAAAGACUGCUUGAGUUAUCAUCUAGACAUCUCCAUUCAAUAGUGUGUUGGAAAAUGAUUCUUUACUACAUAUAUAUCUUUUGACAGGCUUCACUUUCUUCUCUGUCUGAGUACCUGAAUAGUGCCUUUUAGAACGACUAUUGCUCUUGUAAAAGAAAGUUGUUUGUUCAAAAUUUUUAAUGCCUACAACUUGUAUAAACCUUGUUUUCGACGUUGGAUUUGAGAAGCAGAAGCUUGUUCGAUAAAGUAAGCCUAUUAAGAGCUCUGUAUCUUUGGAAGAAACUUAUCUGUAUCUUUGGAAGAAACUUAUUUGAUAAAUCAUAACGAUUAUACCCUUGAUGAUCCUUAUUUUA